AUGGAUUUACCCAAGGACAAAAGUGACAGAACUCAUCAAAGAAUUAAUCUAAAUAACAGUGGGACAGAUCGAACUAAUGAUUUGUACCUUCAUAUUGUCCAAACGUUCGGUUGCAUAGAAACAACUGCAACGGAAAAUGCCACGAAACUGUUAAUGCUGGGUGACGUCGAAGUAGAAAUAUCUGCGAGCAGCGUUUCAAUUGAGUGGACACAGAAGUCAAUGAUAAGCCAAACAAUUGCCGAUAGUAUAGUAAUAAUGAUCAUCGGUUUGUGUGCAAGCGACAAGAACGUGCUAUCUGAAUCAGAAUUGAAAGAGAGAAACCAUAACGUUUGGAAGAUCCAAGAAUUGCAAAAUCUGUUUCGAGAACAAUUUGGAGACAGUUUUAGCAUCGAUGAAGGAAUAGGAAAAAAAGAAAAUGUAAAGAAUGGUAGCGUCACCAUAGGCAAGAGUAAAGCCACGAUCGAUUUCUCCACCAUGAAGCUGAUUGAUUGUAAUUCGAACCCACUAAAGGGAAGAGUGGAGAGCAUACUAAGCAUUGGCCAGAAAUUAACAACUCCAUUGUGCUGA